AAGAGAAAUAUUGAAAGGAUCAAAGUGUGUGAAUACAUUCACAACAAAUAUCAUAUAUAGCCUAAUUAUAUAAUAAAAUUAACUAACACCAUCUCCUUCUGAAGAAUAAUGAGAUGAAAAACGACUUGAAUGAUUCAAACUUACAGGAACACGUUUUGUCAAGGAGACCUUUAUUUUGGAAAGGUCCGCGGGAAGUUAGCUCCUACCCUCUCCUGCACGCGCAUACAGGAGCAGCGGAGAGAGACACGUGACGGUACUCUGUGAUCGCUGGGGAAACUUCACGGUCUUACCGGACAUGUCGACCGGACCGGACCGAGACUCCCGCGGCGGCUGGUCCCGGAGAAGAGGCUCUGCAGGCGGGCAGCAGCUCCGGGAGGCUCCAGGGAGAUCCCGGAGCUCCAGGGGGGUGCGUAGUUCCUGCAGAGACGCUGCCAGUCUGAAGAGAUCUCUAUCCACCUGUGAUGACGCCUUUCCAACAGCUCUGCCUGUCCUCCUGGAGUGUGUUCGGGGUUCGGAGCGACUUCCUGCAGAUGACUGUUUUCAGGAAGAGCUGAGAGGAAAACUGAGGAUCCUGCAGACUGACAGCAGCGAGGUCACUGCUCUGUUCAUGGAGCUCUCCGCUCAUCUCAUCGCCAUCGACAGCGAAGAAAGCAUCUUUUUACUCACCUUCAAAACAUUCGAGGAAAUAUGGAAGUUCACCACGUAUUACACCAUAGGCUUCCUGGGUCUCUGUCUGGAGAACCUGCUGUUGGAGCAGAAGUUCUGGCUCCGUUCUCUGGAGGACGACGUCUCAGUCGAGGUUUCUGUUGAGGAGGAAACUCUGAACCUGAUGUACAGAGGGAUCCUCAUGCAGGAGGGUUCUCUGUUUGCCAGCUGCAGCACCAACCAGAUGUUUGACAGCUCCACCUCUGGAGGGGACCUGUACCUGGAGCAGGGGGACAUAGCCCAGUUUGAGCCCCCGUUCUUAGGCUCAGGCUGGACCGUCCUCUGCCUGUCUGACGGAUCCAGAGGGACCGCCCCCAGGCCUGCUCUGGAGCCGGUCAGCCCGUUCCACCAGUGGUUCCUGAAGUCAGCUGCAGAGAACAUCCUGGUGGGUGAUGGGAAACCUGGCUGUGACUUCCCCCUGCAGUUUGCCGGGGGAACUUGUGAGGCCACAGAGGAGUACGAUGCUGAGGGUCCCGAUGAGCUAAGCUUGGCGCCUGGUGAUCGCAUCAUCAUCGUGGGACUCCUGGUGUCGUGUUUUGAUUGGUUCACUGGGAGGAAGGAGGUCACAGGAGAAGUAGGCCUGGUUAAGACGAGUGUGGUGAAACCUUCAGACGACAUCUAUGAGUCAAUAGAUAUUUUAUUAACCGGAGAGGACAGGCCGUUUUUCAGUCUGAGCGAGGACAGAGUCAUAGAGGAGACAUCGACCUUCCUGAAGAAGAGGUCUCAUCAUGACACUGGACUCAACUACAAACUGGACACGAUUGAUCCCAAAGACUCAGAGAAGAAAUCAUCGAUCGGCUCUUCUCGCUGCGUUGAUCCAGAUCAGACAGACCUGAAGAGAAACAUUCAAAGGAUUCUUGAACAGGAGAAAGAUUCGUCACCAGAGUGCAGCGCUGUGACCAUGAACGGUACUCUGGAGGACCCAGUUGUUUCUUCAGAGGUUAAAAAGCCAACUCUCCCCUGUUUCACUGCCCCGGUGGUAGAAGGGAACAACAACACGGAGAGCUUCGUUCUCUUCUCUUGUCUGGAGAGCCAGGACUACAGAGCAGAGUUUGGCGUCCUGUACGGACUGAGUUCUGAGGCCAUCGUCUCUUCCGCCUUCUCAGGUCACUCUGGCGAGGCAGAGCUGAUGGCUUUCCUCGGCGCUGCGAGAGAAACAGCCAGGAAGAAGCGACUGUUUUGGUCACAGACUCGUUUGUGUUUCCUGUUGGGUAAGCUCUGUGCUGGGAGGUCAAAGUUCAGCCAAGCCCGGGUUUACUUCGAGGAAGCUCUAGGCGUGCCGCGAGAAGGCUUCACAGACCUCAGGCUGCUGGCAAGCAUUUAUUCCAACCUGGCAGCCAUUUACCUCCUACAGAACAACUCGCAGAGCUUCUUCGCUGUGACCGAGAGACUGGUGGCUCUGCUGUUGGGAGUGUCAGACUGUUUGGAGAGCUUAGAAGACGACUCUGCUCUGAAGUACAUGUUGAAGAAAGCUGUUCUCUCGCACAACACAAAGGCAGAGGCUCGGGCAUGUCAUCUUUUGGCAAGGCACCACUGGACUCAAUGAGGAGUUCAGGUGGUUCCUUACCUGGAGAGACUUUUAGUUCUUGGUGCUGAGGCUCAGGCUCAGGGAACAUGGAGCAUCUCCAGUCAUAGCUACCUGACCCUGGGGAGGCUCUACAGCCAGCUCAGACUCCCCCACCUCUCCAUCAGUUCAGCCAGGAUAACGUCUGUGCAGCCCUCUGCGACGCUCACAGACUGUCUGAGCAGCAUGUUGCUGGCGUUAGACAACAUCAACAGACUGUGUAACAGCACAGAACAGGAAACAUCCAUCCCCACUCAGGUGGCUCCAUAUUUACACCAAGCACUCACCUCCACCAGAGUCCUACAACCAGGAAGUGAGCAGCACUAUGUCCUCAUCCAUCAGCUCACUGUCUGUCUCUGUCAGCUCUUCUGCAAGCACAGGAUGGUCGGACACGCCAUCCACCACAUGCACACCCUCAUUAACAACAGGCAGCUCCUAUCCUCAGCCCCAGAGAGAAACAUCACCCUCAUCCGGCUUGCAUGGCUCCACAUCAACAACAACCAGCCACAGGUGGCCUUGGAAAUCCUGGACCUGCUGCUAGACUCCAUGCCAGAGCACUGCACGACCCCUCAGGAAGGUGUGGUCCUGAACCUGAGAGGCGUGGCACUGAGAUGCAUGGGGGACCUCCGGAGGGCUGCAGAGAGCUAUGAGGCUGCUGUGGACAUUUGCCAGGAGUAUGAGGACAUGGCAAACUGGGCCGUGGCUCAGGCUAACCUGGGGCUGCUGAGUCUGAGGGGCGGAGCUAAGCGGCUCGCUCAGUCACACCUGGUGGAGGCCGUGCAGCUCUUCUCGGAGCUUGAUGAUGAAGGUCAUGAGGAGAACUUCAUCAGUGUGCUGCUGGAGCUGGGACAGCUCUAUGUGAGGCAGCAGCAAAUGGAUUAUGGGAAAGGGUGCUACGAGUGGGCUCUGCUGCUAGCUAUCAAGGCUAACCUGUUAGCCUGUCAGCUGACUGCCACCACACACCUGAUCCGUCUGUACUGCUCUGAGAGUCAAGACCAGGUCCAGUGUCUGAUCUACAGCCAGCACCAGGUCCACCUGCUGAGACGCAGCGGGGACAGAGGAGAGGAAGGGGGCGCUCUGGUGGCUGUGAGCAGACUCUACCUGAGCCUGGGAACAGACAGGGCAUACCGGGCCGCUCUGGACCACACAAAGACCAGUCUGGGUAUUUUCAUCGACCUGGGCUGCAGGGAGAAGGAGGCAUUGGGCUGGCUGCAGGCUGGAAACAUCUACCACCUGCUGGAGCAGACGGAGCUGGUGGAGGUGUACGUGCAGGUCGCUCAGGAUGUCGCCCUGAGUUCAGGAGACACCGGGUUCAUCCUGAAACUUCUUGAAGCUGCAGGCGACAUUUUCUUCAACAGCAGCCGGGACAGAGACAAGGCCAUCCCCUUCUACAGGGACCGAGCUCUGCCCAUCGCCGUGAGGAGCAGCAGUGUGUCCUGCAGGCUGCGUCUGUGUAACAAGCUGUCUGAGCUGAUGCUCAGUCUGCAGAUGUUUGAAGAAGGCGUGGAGUUCGCUCAGACUGCCCUCGACAUCAGCAUCACUCUGGGUGACUGUCUGAACCAGCGCGUGGCGUACUACCGUCUGGCCUCACUCUACCACAGGCUGGACCAGUACGAACUGGCAGAACACCACUACUUGAAGACCCUGACCCUGUGUCCCACGCCCCUGCUGUUUGAUGAGGAAACCCUGUACUAUGUGAGGGUCUACCAGACGUUGGGAGACAUCAUCUUCUAUGACCUCAAGGACCCGUUUGACGCUGCAGGUUAUUACCACCUGGCUCUGGCUGCAGCCAUGGACCUGGGAAACAAACGGGCUCAGCUGCAGCUGUGCACACGCCUCGCCACAAUCUACCACAACUUCCUGAUCGACCGCGAGCUCUCGCUCUUCUUCUACCAGAAGGCGCGAGCGUUCGCUGCAGAGCUAAACGUCAGGAGGGUGAACAUCUCUCCUGAUCAGCAGCAGUGCAGCAGCUCCGCCGCACAAUGAGAACCAAACUCAGAGAGAGAAGAAUCAGCAUCCCCCUUUAAUGUUCUAUAAAUGAUAACGAUGUAUGGAAUCUAUGAUUCAGUUUCAUUUCAUCCCACCCGUCUCAUCAUGUCGUCUUUUUCACUGAUGAUCAUUAAACAUUUAAUUAAUUGAUGUUCACGCCGACCUCUGGAGUUCACAAACACAUUCACUGAUUAUUAUAAUACGGGAGCCCUCAGAGGACAAACUACAAGUACAUUUCUUCUCGAGAGAAGAUGACGAGACCAACAAGUCAAGAUCAAGAGAAGAUUUCUGAAAUGUACUCGGUUUAGGGCGAGGAUGAAUUUGAGUAAACUAAAAUGAAUGUCUGCUUAAGGCUUCCGUAUGUUAGAGAAAAUAAACCUUGAAGAAAGUUCAUGUUCAUGUUAAAGUUUUAAAUAUAAGAAUGUCCUGAUCAUGUGACCACGUUUAUACUCGUGUUAUUAUGAAGCACGCCAUGCAGGAGGCGUGUCCUGUUUAAACACUGAGCAGGUUUAUGAAUGAACAUCAGGGUGUCGUCUGCGUAAAGCUUUAUCUUCUGUGUUCAGGUACUUCAGCUGACGCUCUGCAACGGUUCUGUGACUCUAACCAAUAAAAAGAUUGAAUUAA